AUGAUGAGAGCAGUCGUUAUCCACGAAGCCGGCGGCCCCGAGGUUCUCAAGCUAGAAUCUCGCUCAAUCCCCGCACCAAAACUCGGCGAUGUCUUAAUCCGCAUCCGCGCUUUUGGGAUCAACCGUUCAGAAAUGUUCACGAGACAAGGUCAUUCCCCCGUACAGUUCCCCCGUAUUCUAGGUAUCGAGGCUACUGGGAUUGUGGAGGAAGCUCCCGGUGGGGAGUUUAAGCCCGGCGACAUUGUAGCGACCGCAAUGGGUGGAAUGGGCCGGAAUUUUGAUGGAGGGUACGCCGAGUAUACUUCUGUUCCCGCUACUCAGGUUCAGGUUGUGAAGACGAAGGUUCCAUGGGAGGUCUUGGGUGCUUUGCCGGAGAUGUUGCAGACUGCUUGGGGAGCCUUGUUCAAGACUUUGCAGAUUCAAAAAGGCGAUACGCUACUUAUUCGCGGUGGGACUACAUCUGUCGGUCUUGCAGCGGCGGCGAUUGCAAAGAAGCAUGGGGUUUUUGUUGCAUCAACUACUCGGAGAGCUGACCGGGAGAAGUUUCUGAGAGACCGGGGUAUUGAUGAUGUUUUUAUUGAUAACGGCACGAUUGCUCGGCAGGUGAAGGAGAGGUAUCCAGAUGGCUUCGACAAGAUUCUUGAGUGUCUCAAGUUGCACGGCAUCACGGCCAUGACAGGAAUCGUAGGUGGCAAAUGGACAUUCGAGGAGUUUUCACCAAAUAUGGUUAUACCCACGGGCACAUAUCUUUCCACUUACGGAGGGAGUGCCGAGGACUUUGUCAAUACGCCUCUAGAUGAACUCGUGAAGGACAUUCUGGAUGGCACUAUGGAUAUUCCUGUGGGAAAGGUGUUUAAACUAGAAGAUAUCGUUGAAGCGCACAGGUGCAUGGAUUCAAACGAAGCAGGCGGUAAGAUUGUGGUCUUGACAUAG